AUGCAGGUCGUCUUGAUCAAGAGCUUCGGCUCCCUUGCGAUUUUCUUCAUCAUUUAUGCCGUGAUGACUCCUAAUCCGACAGCAGCUCAAGUCGACUGGAGGACUUGUGGGGCGAACGGACUAACCACGCAAUGCGGACAGAUUAUAAGCAGCUACGUGAUUCUCAACGAAGGACCGCUGCCAAAUGACGAUUGUUGCAGGCAACUCCUGAAAGUCGGGAAGCCCUGCCACGAUGCAUACGUCCAGGCACAUAUUGAUAUCAACGAUUUCGAAUACACCAUACCCAUAGUGAUCCAGAGACGCGAUGAUGUUUGGGUGGAGUGUCUCGGUGUGGGUGAGCUAGUACCUGUUCUUCCGCCUGUUCAAGCUCCCGCCUAUCCCGGUCCAGCUGAAGCUCCCAAAAACUCUGGAAGAUAG